GACAGAAAAACAUAACCUUAAUCUUACCGGCGAUAAACACAGUGUCACUGAGAAUUUUUCCAAAAAUUAAGCAAAAAUGGUAAGGAAAUUGAAGUAUCAUGAGGAAAAGCUCCUCAAAAAGGUGGACUUUUUCAAAUGGAAUGCAGAUAAUACUCUUCAUGAGAAUAAAAUUAUGAGAAAAUACCACAUACGGAAACGGGAGGAAUACACAAUGUAUAAUAAAUUGUCAAGGGAUAUCCGAGAAGUGGCAAGAAAGAUAGCCACCCUUGAUUCCAAGGACACCUUCAGGACAGAAUGCUGUUCGAAGCUCUUGGAGAAACUCUACAUCUUGGGAUUGAUUCCCACAAAAUGGGAUCUCAAUAAUGUGGAUAAGAUUACAGCCAGCAGCUUUUGCCGCCGUAGAUUACCUGUAUUGAUGGUUAGGAAUAAAAUGUCAGAGACUACUAAGAAUGCUACGAAGCUCGUGGAACAUGGCCAUGUUCGUGUCGGGGCUGAUGUUGUCAAAGAUCCUGCCUUCCUUGUCUCUCGCACAUUCGAGGAUUUCGUCACAUGGGUCGAUGGUUCUUCUAUCAAACAACAUGUCCUCGAAUACAAUGAUCUCAGAGAUGACUUUGAAUUAUAGAAAUAAUAAUAAAAUUCUUUUAAUCUUCUUUA